AUGGCGCAUGCGCGUUCGAUCGCGCGGGAACUCGAAGGUCGCGCGGUAUACCGAGUGACGUCAACCGAUAGCCGGCCGGUCUGCCGCCGCGCCGGUCCGCUUAGCCGAUCGCCGUUUGCGCAUUAAUGUAUCGUUGAUUUGCGGCCGGCUAUUGCCGUGUGGGAGAGCUCUGAUUACGUCUGGUCACCGGGACGGACGUCGACUGCGCUACUAUCACCUCCCCAAACACCACGUCUGAAUUAUUGCCACGAAGAGGGAGACGAAGUAAUUAUUGAUGUAGUGUCGGUCAAAUCUGCCAAAAAACAAGUAUCGUUCGCAAAGCAAGUGAAACAUUUUGAAUAUCAAGAGGCUCAGCGCAAAGUAAAACAUGAAGACUCGGAUGAAAACGAACUCCCGGAACCUUUCAUCUCUCGACGGCCACGUGGUAGACCACCAGGUUCCACAAAACGGAAAGCCAAUCGAUCUGGUCCUGCUCCGAAACGUGUCCGUAUUCAGAACAAUCUACAGUUAAAUUCUCCACAACAGCCAUCAUAUCAGUGUCAAAAUUCGAUGCGACAGUGUGCAUUACGGCGAGAUUCGUUUGAAGAUACGGAGAGGAGGCGGCUGCAUAACGAUAUGGAGCGACAACGGCGAAUAAACAUGAAGGAAUCAUACGAACAGUUAAGAAGAAACGUGCCAGCGGUUGCGUGCAAUGACAGGGCGUCGAAGGUGUCCAUCUUGAAGCAAGGGACAACGUACAUAAGGUCUCUAACUGAAAUUGGUAACACUUUAAAGACUAAUGCUGCACACCUGAAGCAGCAGAAUGAGAUGCUCAAAAGAAGACUCCAGCACUUACGCAAUCUUUCUUCAGUUUCUUAG